CAGUCUUUUGUCGCAUCUCCUCCGCACAUGCGCCUUGUGUUGUACUCCUCGUUCGGAGGUCCCUCACUGAUGAUGGAUUCUCCUCUCCCCCUCCUCCUCCUCCUCCUUCUCAAGCAUGCUCGAGCUCGACAGAUUCGGUGAGCGACGCUGAAAAUUUGAUGUGGGUUUCCACGCUUUCGUGCUUGAAGUGAAGGUUCUGAGGUCUGAGGACUCGUGGCCCAUUUUUCCAGCUCUGUUCGCGUGGCCUGUGUAGUUGUUGUUGAGGUCAUUUCUGUCGGUUGAUCUGCGAGUUCGGAAGUGGGUGUGGAUGGGUUUGUCCGAUUCGUGCGUGUAGUGAUAGAUUCGUAGCUGAAUUGGUGAUUCCUUUUUCUUGUGUGUGUGUGCCGUGCCCCUGGAUUGGUCGGUUCAUUUGGGUCAUGGUGUCUGAUGAUUAUGAUCCGAGCUUGUUCCAAGCUCUCCCUGAUGACGUCCUGGCCAUCGUGUCCCAGUCCCUGUCGCCGAGGGAUUUGUGUAAUCUCGGCCUGUGCUGCCAGAGCUUGUAUGUUGUGGCGCAAUCCGAGAAGGUCUGGCUCGCCCAGUGUGAUGCGCUGGGGGUUAUCCCCCACAGAGAUUUGAUCGAAUGGAGGAAGGGGGUGUCGUCGUAUAAGGCGCUCUGCCGCUUUCUCUUCUGCGUCCAGCCGCUGAUUGGAAUUUGGGUUCACCAGAAUCCCGAGCUCGGUAAUGUGGUUUAUGUCAUGCCGGGGUUUGUUUCGGUCGUCGGGUGCCGGAUAAUCCCGCAAGAAUUGGGGCCAUUGGGGAUUGAAGAUGGCCCUAUAUUGUGGGCGCCGGUUUUCGAAGUCAUCGGGGAUUUUGAUGGUUCUGCUUCGUUUUUCCUGCACGGAAGGGAGAAGGGAAUCGACUAUGUUUAUCCCGGAUCUCUUAGACAUAUAGAUAGGAACUGCAAUGUGUUGCUGCUUGAGGUGGAACCGAGGUUUCAAAAGAAUGCGGGUAAAUUGGCGCACAGCAAGAGCUUUGUUCGGUACUCAGAUUCAAGCAAGAUCUGUAGGUCAGACAGUGCAUUGUCGAGGUCACAGAGGGCAUUAGAACAGAAUGAGACGAAGGUGCCCUUCAGCAGGCUGGCCUUCUGUGACAGAAGAAAGUUGCUCGAGGUUGUAACCAACCAGGUGCGUCAAAAGGUGCCCAACUCAGCCGGUGGGCCUCUCUUUGCCCGUCUGAGGGAUGAUGAUGAGAACUUUCGGAAAGACAUGCUGCUCCUGAAUGAGCGGAGAUCCUUAAUAAUUCAAAUGCAAUCUUGUAAGUUUGGUGGAGGGCAGAGUGAUUCGUGUCCAGAAAUACCUUCUGAUCUGACUCAACUGGGGUUGAGUGAAAUCAGGAAGAGUCUUGACCGAUCGAGCGGCACUAUCAAUUCUUUCAAUAGCGACAAUGCUCUUGGACAAUGCGCCAAAAAGAAAACACUCGGUGGGUAUUUUAGGUAUGGCAUAAAGCAGAUCCUCGGGAAGUCUAUCUCGUUUAAUGGCGGCGGCCAUGCAGUUAUGAGAAAUAGUUCUUCAAGUAGUGAGAGUAAGCACGCGCAGCUUCAUGAGUUUCUGAGAUCCGGUGAUAUGAUUGGAUUAACGUUGAAUGCAUCCACUGUCAAGUUAUCAUCAUAUCGAGCAUGGCCAAAUAUGCAUGACAGUCGUUUUGCCCUUUACAAAUUACCGCUGAGGCUCCCAAAACCUGACCAAGAAUAUGCUGGUUUGUGGGGUGGGACAUUUGGAUGGCCUCCGGGGAAGCCUACAGAAGAUAAACCUGGGAAGGCUUUAUUCCUUCUCAUUCUCUCUUAUGAGGAGUCCCAGGGUCAGCACUAUCUCCUUGCAACCAAAAUAUUAGAAGGCACCCACUAUGUUCUUCAUCCAAACGGUUCGGCGAUGUUUAUUGCCAAUAUAGAUCAGCCAUCACCAGAUCCGUUUCCUUGGAGUAGUGAUGCUAACGCCCUCCCUGUCACUACAGAUCAUGCUUUCGUUGGGGAGGGCAUUGCAAAUGGUUAUGGUUUUAGAUAUCCCGGUGCAAAGCCGGGUUCACUCUAUGUAUUGCAUAAUGGUCUAAUCGCCUUCAUUUGGAAGGAGUCAAGGGCCGUCUUGACCUUGCAGAGACUUAACUUACAAGACCUCUUAAAGAAAGGUGAACGCGUGCCUGCUCUACCUGCAAUCGCCAACUUCACAUAUUUGACCAAGUCAUACUCAAAUGUGUUUGCUGGCUUCUCAAACGCUUCAAAUUGCCUGUCAUCACCAAGGCAAAGGCAGACCUAGGAAAUUUAUGCGCAUUUGGAUUGGAUUAGGGAAGUUUUAGCUGGCUGUCGUACCAAUGCAAGUUUGAAUUGAUAGGUGAUUUUUAGAUCUCCUUGGAUGGGGAUGAUUCUUUUUGUAUCAAAGGCAUGACAGCUUCUGUCAUUGCAAUUACCAAUUUAGCUCCUUCAGUGCCGCUUUAGUAGUGUGGGCUCCUCUUGUCGUGGUCCUUGAAAGAGUCAGGUAUGUUAUUUUAACCGUUAUAAUAGGAACUACUAUAUAUUGUAAAGAUCAACACAAGCAUCUUAGUGUUUUCAGUUUGCAUUUUGGCAAAGUUCAAA